GUCAUGCAGUUGUCACUUGUCAGUUGUACUCAGAUAUUGUGAUUGUUUGCCAAAUGGUUUUAUUUUUUAGUCCGUUUGUAACCGAAACGUUAAUAUUGUAAUUAAUUUUAAUAUAUUAUUAUAAAUAAUAAAUAUUCUUCGUGCUGUGAUCAAAAUAUAAAACGUUUUAAGUGUAAAAAUGUCUUCAAAGAUUGCAAGACAUCGUGAAAGAUCUCGCAGCCGAUCUGUAGAACACAGACGCGAACACAAAUCGCGAAGUAGAGAUAGAUCUCGAUCAACAUCAAAGAAAUCUAAACAUAGAUCAAUAAGCAGAGAGCGCAAAAGUAAACAUAAAAAGAUUAAAAAGAAAAAAAGAGAUAGGAGCUCAUCGUCUAGCAGUUCGACUAGUGACAGUGAUGCAGAGGAAUUGAAGCUUCUGCAGCGUCUGGAGGCUGAGCGGCAGCGGUUGAAGGAAGAGAAACGUAAACAAAAAGAACAACUCAAAGCCAAUGAGACACCCGAGGAAAAGAGAGCAAGAAGGUUAAGAGAGAAGCAAGAGAAGGAACGGAAGAGACGGGAGCGAAUGGGGUGGGACAAUGAGUACCAAUGUUACACUAACCAGGAUAAUCCCUUUGGUGACUCAGCGCUUACCAACACCUUUGUGUGGUCCAAGAAAUUGGCCAAAGAGGGUGUGAAAACUGUAUCCCGAGAUGAACUUGAAGCUUUGAACCGACAGAAGCAGUUAGAAAAUAAGAUUGAGUUAGAAAAGGUAAAGCAGCGGCGCCUGGAGCGCGAGGCGGAGCGCGCCGCGCGCGAAGCGGAGGCGGCGGCGGCGGCGCGCGCGCGCGAGGCGGCGCAGUUCCACAGCUGGGCGCGCCAGGAGGACGCCUUCCACCUGCACCAGGCGCGCUUGCGCUCGCAGAUACGGAUCCGCGAUGGGAGGGCUAAACCAAUUGAUUUGCUCGCUUGGUAUGUGAGCUCAGAGCAGUGUGUGGAUGCUCUGGAAAUGCAUGAGCCCUAUACCUACCUCAACGGUCUGCAGGCAAACGAUUUAGAAGAUCUGCUGGAAGAUAUCAAGGUGUACAAGGAGCUGGAGCGCGAGGAGCAGCUGUCGUACUGGGAGGACGUGGAGACGAUAGUGAGCGCGGAGCUGGGCCAGCUGCGCCGCCUCGCCGAGCCGCGCGCCGCGCGCGACGGCGUGCACCACGCGGUCGCGCCCGACGUGCAGCAGAUAUUUAAAGGCAAGACUGGUGCGCAGUUAGAAGCCCUGCAGCAACAGAUCUCGCAAAAGAUCAGCGGCCAGCGAGCCGGCGUCGACGUCGGCUACUGGGAGACAUUACUGGCGCAACUCAAAGCGCACAUGGCCCGCGCGCGCCUGCGCGACCGCCACCAGGAGAACCUGCGCCGCAAGCUGCAGCUGCUCAAGAGCGAGCAGGGCGUGCGCCCGCCCGCCGGCCAGCCCGCCGGCCAGCCCGCAUCUAGCGCAGAAGUGAAACAAGAGGAGGCGUCUGAGAAAGCGGAAGCGAAAGCGGACAGCGCGAAAGAGGAUGAGGGCGACGGGGACGGGGACGAGGAUGGUGGGGAUGGGGAGGGCGAAGGCGAGGGCGGGGAGGGGGAGGGCGAGGAGUGGUGCGUGCGCGAGUACGUGCGCGGGCGCUACUCGCCGGCGCCGCUGGCGGCCGCCGCGCUGGAGCCGGCCACGCUGCUCACGGAGCCGAGCGACGACGCCAACCGCCUGGCCUACCUGCGCGCCAGCCUCACCGCCAAGACAAACAGCGCAGGCCCCCUAGCGAACGUUCCCACGGGCACCGGGGCCCUCGAGGCGGCGGCGCGCCGCGCGAUGGACGCGGAGGGCGCGGGGCCCGGGGGCGCCGGGGGCGCGGGGCCCGCGGGCGGCGGGGGCAACGCGGCGCAGUUCAGCGUGGAGCACGCGCUGCCCGACCAGCCGUACCUGUGGGCGGAUAAGUACAGGCCGAGGAAGCCGAGAUACUUCAACCGGGUGCACACGGGCUUCGAAUGGAACAAGUACAACCAGACGCACUACGACAUGGACAACCCGCCGCCGAAGAUCGUGCAGGGCUACAAGUUCAACAUCUUCUACCCGGACCUCAUCGACAAGAACGCCACGCCGCAGUUCUCGCUCGUGAGUCAAGUGCCCACAUUUAUUAUUAGCUUCACCGGUAUGUCUGUAUGUAACCCACUUCAGUUAGGGAUUUUGACCCACUUUAAAUGGGCAAAUUUAGUUUAAAUUUUGUACUAAGAGUAGAAUCACCUCAAGGCACAGGUAGGAUCAGUUUUUAACCUUUUUAGGAUCACAAGGAUUUAAAAAUUUCCUUAUGUACAUGUAUGCAUAAUGUCCUUCGGUUCAUGGAAGCGAAUAUUAGUUUAUUCAAAUCACUAUUGCUAAGUUUUCUUAUUGGCCCCUUGAAUCCUUUCAACAAAGAUUUAAUUUAG